AUGGGCACAGGUGUUGGGUACGGCAUUACAAUCCUGUACGAACCGGCUUGCUCUGACGAUGUUCUCUAUGAUCUUGUUGCUAUCCAUGGGCUCAACGGAGAUGCAUUUGAGACCUGGACGCACAAGGAGAGCCGGGUGAUGUGGCUGCGUGACUUGCUACCCAGGGAAUUACCCAACGUCCGAAUCAUGACUUUUGGUUAUAACGCAAGGCUUCGCAACUUCGCUGGGCAUCAAGAUCUCAGAAACAUAGCCACGAAGCUUCUAUCUGAACUGGCAGACUCGCGAAAGACAGCCAAGGAAAUUAACAGGCCUCUAGUCUUCGUCUGCCACAGCCUAGGUGGGACAGUUCUUAAAAAGGCCCUUCUCAUUCGCUGCCCGAAAGAACAGUCCAGCGUCCAAGAUGCAGCCUACGGAAUCCUUUUUUUGGCAACCCCUCGCGGUGGCACUACCAUUGCAGAUGCCAGGAAAAUUAUUGCAAACAUCACUCACGCCUGCUCUCCAUUUCGGCCAGCUCGAGGAUUACUGGGCUCGCUUCGGAAAGGUUCCAAGGUACUGUUCGAAGUUGCUGAAGACUUUGUGGAGCGGGCAGGAAAAUUACAAAUCGUAUCCUUCUUUGAGAUGGAGAUGACCAGUUUUGGUAUCUUCAGACGCUUUGUUGUCAAAGAACAAUCGGCGCUCCUCUGUGUUCCGAACGAGAUCCCAAUUGGACAAUUUGCAGAUCAUCGAAGUAUUUCACGGUUUUCUUCUGUGAAUGACCGCAACUACAGGCCUGUAAUCACGCGCCUUCUUAAAUUCAGACAGGAUAUCACCAAAAAACCUGCCGGAUUCUCUCACUCUUCUCAAGAUGCUCAAUCUCCGAAGUCCGAUUUCAACUCCGAACCCAUCUUUGAAAUUCCAUUUGAUAGAUACUUCUCGUUUCGGGGAAGACAAGAGCUUAUUGAAUCUAUGGAAAAAUAUUUCAGCCAAUGUAGCUCGAGUCAACCGUUGAUAUAUGCUCUAACAGGAUUAGGUGGAUCUGGCAAAACUCACAGUGCCUUACAAUACGCUCUCCGAAACCGAUUCAAGUAUAAGACUGGUGUGGUUUACUUCAACGCGAGUUCAAAUAUCACGUUACGUGCCGACUUCCACCGUAUCCACGACCGCUUAAACUUAGGUAAUACCUCAAACAGCGUAGAUUCUCUCAGGCGGUGGUUCUCAAACCCCAAGAACUCCAGCUGGCUUAUGAUCUUUGAUGGUGCUGAUAAUUUGGUUUCCGUUUCCCUUUCGAGAUAUUUCCCCAGCUGCUCUUGGGGUCAUAUCAUAAUUACAAGCCGAGAUCAAGCUGCUGUUGGUCUUGUAGCCCCUGGUGGACACUCUGUGGAACCUCUAGAUGAACAGACCGCUGUUGGGCUACUGCUGGAAAAAGCUGCAAUUGGUAGCCCGACAGUGGAUAAUCUCAAGCAGGCGACUGCAGUGGUAAGGGGUCUGGGAUACCUUCCUCUAGCCAUUGACCAAGCAGGUGCAUUUAUCCGAAGACGCCAGAAAUCACUGAAAGAUUAUCAUCGCCUCUUUCAGGACAAGCAAUACGAGAUUUUAAACGUCGCCCCUGGGGUUAGUGGCUACGAGAAAACCGUGGCCACUCUUUGGGAACUGAGUUUCCGUCAGCUCGAGAUAGCUCACCCAAAAGCUUCGAAUCUUCUUAUCCUUUUCUCAUUUCUUGAAGGGAAUAAUAUAUCUAACACAAUGCUCCACAGAGCAUGCUCAACCAAGAGGAUAUGGGGCCAUAAUGGUGAGAUUGUCCAGAUUACGCCCAAAGAUGCAGGGCUUAAUCAAGAAUUAAUCACUCUGCUUGAUGAUGAAAUGCAAUUCGAUAAUGCUAUUUCACAACUUCUUGCAUCUUCUUUGAUCCAAAGAAACGCCACUGGAGAAAGCAGCACAUUGUCGGUCCACCCUCUUGUUCAAAAUUGUGCAUCCCAUAGAGUAUCGCUUAAAGAGCGUCAAAAAUGGCAGGUCCAGGCUAUAUUGCUGGUUGCCCAUGCGUUUCCGUUUAGUGUAUACGUGGAUGAGAAUUUCGGGGUCAUUGGACGUGAGAUGUUCAUGCAUAUUCCUCGCAUUUUAAAGGAGUUUGAUCAACUCAUGCCAGAUGGUUGUGAUCAAUACUUGAUAGUUAAACGAGCUGUCACUAUGUUGUUACUUUCCGCUGCGAAAUUUAACUUCAAUCCGUGGAAGAAUGAAUGCAUCCGCAGAAUCAAAGAUCUUCUGAAGGAUGAGCAUGAUUGUUAUCUGGGAGCAUGGGCUACCUUCACAGAAAGCAAAAUUCUGCGCAUGCAGGGCAAAACUACAGACUCCUAUAAGGCCUUAGAAAACCCCAUCCACAACACAGCAUUGUCAGGACUCGAUGAAGACUUAAUUUCUGAUGUGAGGUACAACGCGACAAAAGGUGAUCUUGUGAUCUCCUUUGCGGAAACUCUCAUAAAGGAUGGGGAGCUCCUACGCGCAAAAGCGAAGCUAACUCACUGGCGGCCACUAAACCCAGACGCCCCAUCGACAAUGGAACGUUUAGUUUUACAACACCGUGAUGUAAUGUUGGGGAGGAUUCUUCGAAGCCAGGGUCGAUUUGUCGAAGCAUUAUCGUACUUGGAGAAGCUUCUUCAAAACCUCUCUGCCGAAGAUUACCUUGUGAGCACAGGUUGGCAGAUGAUUUUAGUCACCAAUGUUACCGACUUGUACAGUGAAGUGGGGAAGCCUCAAGACGCAGAAGCAGUGCUAGAUAAAGUCCUGAAGAUAAGUCAGAGUCAUGGCUGGUAUAACAUCGGCACUGGAAGGCGACUACGGCUUGCUCUCAUAGAGAGCUUUAUUCGACGUGGCUUGUUUACACAAGCUGAGGAGAAGCUGAAAGAGUUAAUUCCAAUUAUUGAAGCAAUCCCUGAGCCAGACAUCAACCAGAGUACAGAGCACUUCCGUGUUUGGGCCGGGCUAGCACGGAUAUCACAUCUUCAAGGCCAGUGGAACGAAGCCCUUGACCGAUGGAACCAAGCACUUGCAAUUGUGGAGCGGUCUGGCUGGACUCAGGGAUUCAACCACGGUAUCGUUCUGUAUUCCAUUGCUCAGGUACUCGCACGGGUUGGUGACGUUACUGGAUGCGAAACUAGCCUCAGUAAAGCGGAAAAGAGCCUGGCUGUGGAAGAAAGGAAGUACUGGAUUGUAGGCCUCGGUUCAUACUGGUAUGACUACAUCGUGACUGCACUUGGGAGUGAGGGGAGCAGCCCUGUGGUUAAUUUGGAGAAGUGA